CUCUAAUCGGUGGCGACCGAUACAAUACUACAUACCUUGGUAUAUUGGGACAUUGCCCAAGUUCUUCGUCCAAAAUCACCGAUACAUGCAACGCAAUGACCGUCAUACUGGAUAAGGAGAACGUUCCUCCGAUUUUGCAAAUCAAGAAACGUUAUUCGACAGGAUCACCCCUCAUCUCCGAACGACUAUCCAAACCUUUCAAAUGUCCAGGUGCAAACACACCGGUGCGGAUAUCCGAGAAGCCUGCGCGGAAGAGACGAAAGGUCGACUAUACCGGUGCCGACGAGAGUACAGAGGAUGGCGACAAGCCUUACACGAACGAGGAUCGCUUGGCUUUGGCGACCCGCGAUGUGAAUCGCUUCCCUGUCUUCAAGCCGAAAGAUAAGGAGACAACCUUUCGCGCCCGGUUCUCGGUACCGCUCAAGAACAGAGAUCCCACCGCAUACAAUUCUGUUCGACCUCCGCCUCUCUUGGGUUUGCGCCGUGGCCAGGUCUUCAUUGCGAAACCUCUUCACGACCCUAGCGGAGAAUUUGCCAUUGUGCUCUACGACCCUACUGUGGAUGACAAGCCCAAGCCUGUCGAGAAUGACAACAAGUCAGACGAGCCGGUGGCAAAGACAAAGUUGGACGAACCGAUUAUGCACAAGAGUCUUGCAGAUAUUCUAGGAAUCAAAAAGGUUGUGUCCGAUGAGCGCCCGAAAGUGCCCGUCGUGAUCGACCCAAGAUUAGCCAAGGUGCUACGACCGCAUCAAGUUGAGGGAGUCAAGUUUCUAUAUCGAUGUACAACGGGUCUAAUAGACGAGAAGGCGGAAGGCUGCAUCAUGGCGGAUGAGAUGGGUCUGGGCAAAACGCUUCAAUGCAUCACAUUGAUGUGGACUCUGCUGAAGCAGUCACCUGAAGCUGGAAAGGGCACGAUACAGAAGUGUGUGAUCGCUUGUCCGUCAAGUCUGGUCCGAAACUGGGCCAACGAGCUCGUUAAGUGGCUUGGACCCGAUGCAAUCAACCCCUUUGCUGUGGAUGGCAAAGCAACCAAGGAAGAGCUCAUUCAACAGUUGCGACAAUGGUCUUCUGCGACAGGUCGUGCAGUUAUCCGGCCAGUACUUAUCGUAUCGUACGAGACACUUCGGCUGUACGUUGAAGAGCUCCGGUAUACGCCCAUCGGUCUCAUGCUAUGUGACGAGGGACAUCGUCUGAAGAACGGCGAGAGCCAAACAUUUGAGGCUCUCACUAGCCUAAAUGUACGGAAGCGAGUCAUUCUUUCUGGCACGCCGAUUCAAAAUGAUCUGUCCGAAUAUUUCGCACUGCUUAACUUCGCCAACCCCAACUACCUUGGCACGAGACAAGAUUUUCGAAAGCAAUACGAAAUACCCAUUCUGCGUGGUCGUGAUGCUGCUGGAACUGAUGCCGACAGGAAGAAGGGUGACGAACGACUCAAAGAACUUCUUACACUCGUAAACAAAUUCAUUAUCCGCCGAACGAAUGACAUUCUGUCCAAGUAUUUGCCGGUCAAAUACGAGCACGUUGUCUUUUGCAACCUCGCGCCAUUUCAGCUCGAUCUUUACAAUUACUUCAUCAAAUCUCCUGAAAUCCAAAGUCUGUUGCGAGGUAAGGGCAGCCAGCCUCUUAAAGCCAUUGGGCUGCUCAAGAAGCUUUGCAAUCAUCCUGACCUCCUGAACCUCCCCGAUGAUCUGCCUGGCUGUGAGAAAUACCUGCCAGAUGAUUUUGUACCAAAGGAGUCGCGCGGUCGUGAUCGAGACAUCAAGCCAUGGUACUCGGGCAAGAUGCAAGUGCUCGAUCGUAUGCUCGCGCGGAUCCGUGCAGACACCAAUGACAAAAUUGUGCUGAUUUCAAAUUACACACAAACACUGGAUGUCUUUGAAAAGCUUUGUCGAAAUCGCAGCUAUGGAUGCCUUCGGUUGGAUGGCACGAUGAACGUCAACAAGCGACAAAAGCUGGUCGACAAAUUCAAUGACCCUGAAGGCCCAGAGUUCGUGUUCUUGCUCUCAUCAAAAGCAGGAGGGUGUGGUCUCAAUUUGAUCGGUGCCAACCGUCUAGUACUUUUCGACCCGGAUUGGAACCCUGCUGCGGAUCAGCAGGCGCUCGCGCGUGUCUGGCGUGAUGGACAGAAGAAGGACUGUUUUGUAUACCGUUUCAUCGCGACGGGUACAAUCGAGGAGAAGAUCUUUCAACGACAAUCACACAAGCAGUCUUUGUCAUCCUGUGUGGUCGACUCUGCCGAAGACGUGGAACGUCAUUUCAGCCUGGACUCUCUCCGCGAGCUCUUCCAAUAUCGCCCCGGCACGACGAGUGAUACCCACGACACAUUCAAAUGUAAGCGUUGCAGAGACGGGAAACAGCAUCUGAAGGCUCCGGCCAUGUUGUAUGGUGAUACGAGCACUUGGAAUCACAUGGUGAAUGAAGGCGACAAGGGAGCCAUGUCGAAAAUCCAGGACCUUCUGUUACGACAGGAAACUAGCGAGAAGGAUGUCAGUGCUGUCUUCCAGUAUAUCAGCCAUUGAUCUGGUCGUGGGUCGGGAUCAUGAAGAUAAACGAUCGUUCUUCAGGCAUACAGCAUUCAUUAAUGAGACACGUGAACAAUGAGCCCUGC